GAAUUCUUGCUCAUGGGAUUCCCUGAUGCCCAGGGGCUCCAGAGCCUGUGUGCCACACUCUUCUUCCUCAUUUACCUGGCAGCCCUGACAGGGAACCUCCUCAUUAUCACCCUCACCACCAUGGACCAGCGUCUCCGAUCCCCCAUGUACUUCUUCCUGAAGAAUCUGUCCUUGAUUGACAUCUGCUAUCUGUCUGUCACUGUGCCCAAAUCCCUCCUGAACUCUCUGGUCGGCAGCCACUCCAUCUCCUUCAUGGGAUGUGCCGCACAGGUUUUCCUCGUUAUGUGUUUUGCUGGCACGGAAUUUGCCCUCCUCCUGGUGAUGUCCUAUGAUCGCCAUGCUGCCAUCUGCCGCCCUCUGCACUACGAGGCCGUCAUGAGCAGAGGCGCCUGUGUGCGGAUGGUGACGGCGUCCUGGGUCAGUGGGUGCUGCUAUGGAUCCCUUCACGUGGCAGGAACCUUCUCUGUCUGCUUCUGUGGGCCUAACAUUGUGCACCAGUUCUUCUGUGAUGUUCCCUCACUGCUUGCGCUUUCUUGCUCUGGAGAGCAAAUUCUAGAACAUGUGCUCAUUGUUUUUAGUUGUUGUUUUGCUUUUGUGUGUUUCAUUUUGAUGGUUGUCUCCUAUGUUUAUAUAAUCUCCACUGUCCUUAGAAUUCCUUUUGCACAAGGCAGGUUUAAAACCUUCUCCACCUGCAUGCCCCAUCUCACUGUGGUGACCUUGUUUCUGUCUUCUGGAUUUAUUGCAUAUUUAGGUUCAACCUCAAAAGCCUCAACAUCACUGAACCUCUUUUUGUCUGUGUUAUACUCUCUGUUACCUCCCAGUCUGAAUCCUGUCAUUUAUAGUUUCAGAAACAAGGACAUGAAGGUGGCCUUUAGCAAAAUUUUGGGUGAAAAAAUGACACCAAAAUUAUGA